UUAGUACUCUAGAAAAAAACCAAGAGCUUUAUUAUACCUUGUUCUCGCAGAGAUCAGAAACAUCAAUUCAAAUGAUUCGGACUUCAAAAUCUCUUUCAACAUGCCUGUAUAGACUCGUUGGAGAAUAUUUCUUACUCCGACAGUCUCGCCUGAAGACCAGCCACAGAUACAACCCACGGGACGAAGACGACGAUGACAGGAUCCGCAAGAAAAAGGAAAAUCAAGAAGGGUACAUACAUUUCCUUAAAAGCAGAGGACAACACAUCCUCACAAAUCCACGUGUUCUCGAUGCCAUCGUUCGAAAGUCCGAUGUAUUGCCAACCGAUACGGUCUUAGAAAUCGGACCCGGCACCGGAAACCUCACUAUGAAGCUCCUUGAGUCUGCCUCGAAAGUCGUGGCCGUGGAGAUUGAUAAACGAAUGAUAGAGUUUCUAAACAAAAGGUCGUCCGAUAUAGGGGUUGCAGACAGACUCACUGUCAUAUGCGACGAUGCAUUAAAAACAGAGUUCCCGCCAUUUGAUAUCAUCGUUGCUAACAUUCCAUACGGUAUAUCCUCUCCCCUGAUUGCUAAAUUGGUAUUUGGGACCAACCAUUUCCGAAGUGCCACACUUUUGCUUCAGAAAGAAUUUGCAAGGCGGCUGCUGGCAAACCCUGGAGAUUCCGAAUUCAACCGUUUGGCUGUGAACGUAAAACUGGUGGCUGAUGUCGAGUUCAUCAUGGACGUAAGCAAGAGAGACUUCCUUCCAUGCCCAAAAGUGGACUCCUCCGUCGUCAAAAUCAAGCCAAAGGCUGAAAUUCCAGAUGUGAAUUUACAUGAAUGGUUAGCUUUUACAAGGACAUGUUUUAGCAAGAAGAACAAGACAUUGGGAGCAACCUUUAAGCAAAAGAAAAAAGUGACGGAGCUGUAUAAAUUGUCUAGGAUGGCUGCUGACUCUAUUGAGCAAGAUUCAUUGGCCAAAGUGUAUUCAGACCUGGCAGCACAUGAUGAGGUUGAAGAAGAGGAAGAGGGAAUUGACGAAAGUAACCAUUCUCUUGGAGUGGAGAUAAAUUCGUUCAGAGAUAAAAUGAUUGAGGUUCUGAAAUCUGAUGGGUUCAAUGAAAAAAGACCUUCCAAACUGGCUAAUGAGGAGUUGCUGCAUUUGCUCUCUUUAUUCAAUAGAGAAGGGAUAUACUUCCAUGGCCAAGGCCAUGCAACCAGUGCAGCAUUUUCCUCAGCUAUGUCUGCUGCAUUGUAACAGAUGAAAUGUCCGAAUAUUAUCAU